UAAGGGCUCAAGAAGCGGCAAUAUGGAGUCACGACACGACCAAACAAAUUUUUAACGCUAUACUAAAUCCUUUUUGUAUUCAUUCGAAACCUAAAUGGCGGAAAGCAGCUCAAAAUGCUGUAGCAGGCAUUGUUAAAGCACCAUGCUUUUUAAACAACCAGGUUCAUAAUGUUCCAGCUGACAAAUGUGCAGAAUUUUGUCAAGAUAUUUUAGGUAGUUCCAGCAAAAAAUCUAUUCAAGCUGGGCAAACUACCAUCCUGCAUACUCUAGGAUUAUUGAAAGAAACUAUACAAAGUUUUAGUAAAGGACAUAUAAAAAAAUCCUGUGAAACUAUAUUGAGACUAAUGACUUUAAAUUAUCCUAUUGUUACAUCCUGUGGUCUUCAAGUGAUGCACUCACUGUUCUCUUCACAACAAGCUGUGAUUUCUGGUGAUUUAAAUGGUAAAUUAAUCGCAGCUUUGUAUGAAUAUCAACCAGGGAGCACUGAUAUACAACCUACAUUGGCUUGGUUACUGGUAAUGCAAGAAGCUCAUGUUCAUCUAGCUGAUAUAGAUAUUUCAAUCGCUAUGAGUUUACUGCCUAAAUUUUUUACUACUGUUUCUGAACUGUGGUUAACUGGAAAAAGUGAUGUAAUUAGUGCAGCAACACAUUGUCUUGAGGUCCUUUUAAAAGAUAUUGUUGGACCAGCAACAGAAACUACAGAUUCAGUUCAAAAACAUUUUUCAAAAUUAGAGAAGUGUUUUAAUAUUAUCCAUUCGUGCCUUAAUUAUCAAUACAAUAAUACAUGGAGUCAAGUAUUGCAUAUUAUUGGAGUUAUGUUCGAUGUAGCGGGGGCAAAUUGUUCAAAUAUGUUUGUGGAUGCAUUGAAGACAUUAGCUGAAUUAAGGGAUUCCUUCAAGUUUAGGAAACUGUUGUUGCGCGAACAAGCUUUGUCCAAACGUCGCAAAACUAUGGAAGAACUGCUACAAUGGCACCAGAAGCUGUUGCACGAAGAACGCGCCUCGAGCACCUGGAAACCAAAGUGA